AUGAUGUGUAGGUAACAUCGAUUUCGUCACCAGUCAAGAAUACCCCUGUCAAGGGUGUUUACAGUAUUUGCUUAAAACAAAUCGACUCGUGUUCCGUGAUAGGCGGAAGCACGGCAUGAUUCCAUCUCAUAAAAUGCUCAAAUUAAGCCAAAUGAUUCUAUCUUUGUCACCUCCUGGGGAGAACAGGCUGCUUUGCUCAUGUUUUAUCCCCAAGUCUGGGUUGAAGUCGGUGUUGUGCAAAUUUAAGCGUUUAUUGUUGUCUUCCGAGGAACAAGCAGUACCAAAGAUCUCAAUAAAUCUUUAUAAAGAGAAAUUAUAAAGCAGGUUUUAAGAUUUUAGAUGCUCAAUGACUGAGAAAAAAACCCCUCUAUCUAUCAUUGUUUUGCGUAUUUAACAAAACAAAACAUUCAUCAUUGUCAAAUAUAUCUAUUUUUAACAAAAAAAAACAAGAUCUUCAUUUACAGCUUUGCUGUGUUUUUACUAGAAAUAAGAUCAUAUUUUGACAACAUUCGGUGUUCUUUGUAGAUACACUUUACCCAGCUGCCGCAGAAAGAACACACAAACGGAAGACUUACAUAAAAGAGAAAACGGAUAAGAUAAUAUUAUUUUGUAUUGUAGCAUGGAGUACAAUUCCCGUUGUUAUAGAAACACUUAAAUGUGCAAGUAUGACGAGAAAUACGCAAGUAAACAAUCGCAAAAAUUAAUUCCCUACAUUAUCUGCAUACGUGCGUGUGGGGACCUGUUUCUUGUUCCAACCUGCGCGAGUGCUUAUCAGUGAUUCUACAAUCGCGACAGGAUAUCACCUGCAUUAUUCACCCUCGUUCAUGUUGACUGAUGGUUGUUUGAUUGACAGACACCAAUUCACACUCUAGUAAGCCCUCCGGCGAUUCUCAUUGGUCGGUUCGCCUCGAGUCGCUUUGCGCUGCCUUUAUCGUGCAUUAUCGUUUGUUUGAGAAGCCGGAAAAUGGAACUACAGACCGCAAUAAGGAAAUUGAAGUUUAAACCGAUCGCCUUUAGAGGACGCUAUUAAACCCACUGCCCUCGGUGCACUAUAUCGGCUUCUAAGUGAUUGCAAUUUGCGCAUCCAUCAAAUCAAUUUAGUUGACAAUUGGAGGCAAAAUAACGUCUGAAGAAUCAAGGGAAAAAAGAGCGCUGCGUUCUUGCCAUUGUUCCAAGGCGGGCGUGGAAGAGCUGAUUUGAUAGGAUUCAUUACGGCGCCUUUGUAAAAGGAAACAGAAUAGAAAUACAAGACGAAACAUUAGUACAAACGGCAACAUCUCCUCGCCGAGUUUUACUAGGAAAAGGUGGAAAACAAAGUGAGCAAGAGACAAAGCUGUAACUUCGAAUUGAGAUCUUAACUCUUGGAUCUUGGCUGAGCCAACAAGGCUUUAAUACACACAAGAAUUAAAAGUAAAAAAACAAGUAUAGUAUGUACAAGAUGGAAGUUACACUAGCGGCAAAUCUCACAAAUGAUGUUUCAGGCAGGAAUGAAAGCGCACCGUGCAAUGGUAGUCUUACGGGAAUGGUAUUGGCGGGGGAUGUGGCUCUUAGUGUCGGCUUCGCUAUCGUGGUAGUGUGGACUAUAACCAGUAGUCUCUUAGUCUGUGCGGUCAAUCUUCGCAACCGAGAAAUGCUAAGAAACCCGUACAAUAUCCACAUCUUCCACCUCGCACUGGCCGACCUCCUAAGCGCGCUCAUGACAGCUAUCACCCCAGGGUUUAUAUCCACAAGCAUCCUGCCCACACCCUAUGGGAUAACGCCGAGCGAGAUACACUGCCGCUUGAUUCGCUCUCACUUCUUCGUAUUCACCUUUAGUGGGGUGUCUAUCUAUAUAAUCCUGGCACUGGCUGUUGAGCGGUGGUACGCUGUGACGAGACCUCUGCAGUACAGGGCUACGUUCCAUCACCGCAGAAUCAUCAUGGAAGCCCUGGGGAUAUGGUCAGCGGCUGUUCUCACAAAUAUAAUCUUGCUGUUCGAGUUGGAGUUUCACCCGCAACGUGAGCCCGCGAACAGAUGCGAAAUCACAGCCAACAGGUUUACUAGUAUUCCAUUCCGCCAAUUCCUUGCCUUCAGUUUAUUCCUGUUGAAGUUCCUCACCCCACUUCUUGUGACGUGCGUGCUCUAUGUAAAGAUCUUCCGCGAGACGGGUCGAUCCCGCGUGUUGUCCCGAGGACACGAGGGGUACGGGACGAGGAUUGCACUGUCUCGCAUGGGCGCGGCAUCCACGAUCGCACUCGCAGUGUGCUGGUGUCCUAACCAGGUUUACUACGCGUUAUACAACUUCGGCGCGUGGGAAUUAAAUAACAACGUGCACUACUGGACGAUAGUCGCCGCGAUGCUCAACUCGUGUCUAAACCCGAUGAUCUUCGCGUUUCACUCGGAGCAAUACCGAGAGGGGUUCAAGCAGCUCUUGAUGUGUCGUCCGAACAGGGCGAGCAUUCCCGAGGGUGCGCAAAUCAAUACGCCCUUUCAUAUCAUGAAGGCGAGCCAAAUGUUUUGUAACGCGGCGGGUCUCAAGCCUCCACGCUCGCCCAUCAUGCUCAGGAAGAACUUGGUGGGUAGGGCGAUGUACGCCAUGAAAACUUAGGCGACAAGGGGUCCUGGCGGUAACAUACCAUUGAAUAAGGGGGAAAAGUACGUAAUCAGUUAUUGAUGUGACGCCACUCUUAGCCCCGUCUCUCCAGCGCCUCUUGGCUAACGGACGACCACAGGGAUCCCAAACAGAACGACAGUGGCUAGGCUGCAUGUUUACAUGUAUGCGGGUAUCUGAAGAUGACGAAAAUUAGCUAUCUGAUCUAGAGUUCGGUAGUAGGUAUUUUUAGAUAGUCUUUAUCAGGUACAAUGCAUCACGUUUUUAAAACAGCAGGGCGUGAUAAUGCAAAGAACUAAAACAAAAAUAUUGCAGUUGGAUAAAAAUGAAAAGAGCAUAGAGAAUCAAAACCAUAAAAAAACUCUUGUAGUUGAUAUUUCGGAUUAAGUCAUGAUCACUCUUCUGUUCUUCUUUUUUAUAGAACAAUAAUAUUAAAACUUUGGGCAUGAAUUGACGCUCUUGGAGUUAGCAGCAUAUUGCGGCUAAAAAAAGCAAAUACAUUACAUUACAAUUACAUUACCUAAUCCCAAGGUCUCACUUAAAAUGCCUGCGAUAAGCAAAAGAAUCUUCUGUACUGUCGUUAUUGAAAAGUAUAAACUUUUUAGCGAUUGUAUGAUUGAUUCUUUCGAUAAGUUCAAUAUCAAGGAGCUCGUACGUAGAAAGAAACAUAAAUCUGAUGGAUGCGGAUGUCAAUAUUGCUAUUCAUUUAAACAACUUUCUAGUCGGUAGAAUGUCGAUCAAUCACUCCGAAAAACACACCGAGUAAAACACCGAGUUUGGAGAAGUAACGUAAAUUAAAAGAAAAAUGCUUACUGGCAAGAUUCGAAAGAUGUAUGCAUCAGUAAAAGGCAAGAUUGUAUUUAGCAUACAUUUUUUUGUAAAAUAAAAUACAAUAAAACCUUCAUAAACGCGGAAA